AUGGCCGACUACCCCAUCAUCGACUCCCACAUCCAUCUCUACCCCUCCUCCGAAGUCGACUCGCUCGCCUGGGCCACCGCCGAGAACCCCAUCGCCGCGCAACGCUCUGUGGACGAAUACCGUGCCGCCACGGGCAACCCGUCCAACCUCAAGGGCUUCAUCUUCCUCGAGACCGACCGCAAGCACGACCUCGCCAGCGGCGCCGCCGACGGGUCUGGCUGGGAGGCCCCCCUCGCCGAGGUCGCCUGGCUCCGCCGCAUCGCCGAGGGCACGCCGCGCGAGGGCGAGGGCCACUCGGCCGCCGACGCCUCCUUGUGCUUGGGCAUCGUUCCCUGGGCCCCGCUGCCCUCCGGGCCCGAAGUCCUCGACCGCUACCUCGACCGCGUCCAGGAAGUCGCCGGCCCCGUCGCCUGGCCCAAGAUCCGCGGCGUGCGCUACCUCCUCCAAGACAAGCCCCACGGCACGGGCAUCGAGUACGACUUUGUGCGCUCGCUCCAGCUGCUCGGCCGCCGCGGUCUCACCUUUGACCUCGGUGUCGACCAGCACCGCCGCGGCAAGCAGCAGCUCGAGGACGCCCUCGUCAUGAUCCAGCUCGCCCACAAGGACGUCCCCGACGACGAAAAGGUCACCGUCAUCGUCAACCACCUCUGCAAGCCCGACCUGACCGUCAUCAACACGGCCGACCCGUCCUUCCAGCACUGGCGCAACGCCAUGUACUCCCUCUCCAAGUGCGACAAGACCUACAUGAAGCUCUCGGGCGGCUUCGCUGAGAUGGCCCCGUCGCUGUCCUCCCAGCCGCCCGACGCCAUCUUCGAGGCCCUCUUUGCCUGGCUCGGCAUCGUCCUCGCCACCUUUGGGCCGCGCCGCACCAUGUUCGCCUCCGACUGGCCCGUCUGCACCGUGCGCGACGGCGGCGCCGUCGACGGUGCCUCCUGGCGCAAGUGGAAACUACUCAUCGAGCGCAUGUGCUACAUGGCCACCAUGGACCCUGAGGACCAGGCUGAGCUGUUCGCCUGUACGGCGCUGCGAGCCUACGGCAUCGAGCUGAGCAAGGAUGCUUAG